AUGGUCCGAUCAUCCCUGAAUAAUUUACGUGCCGUUAUUCUUCGAACAAGGGUGGAUCGGAUGCAACAAAUACAACCCAGAAGUCCCCUCCAUCACACUUACAUACUCUCCCAAUUCUUCGCUAUUACGAUCAUGCUCGAGACAGUCCCACUUGAGCUGAUCCCGCCCACGCACUCCGUCCAUGUCGGCUUCUACCGCAACGUCCGCAACUCGGCAAAAUUACAAUCGCACCUCCUCGCCCGCAACACGGACUUCGAAUACGCCUUUGUCGACGCCUCCGUCGUGUCCUCUCGCGUCCACCUCUUAUCCGCCGCUUUCAGGGCGCUCACAGCUCAACUAUCCGGGACCCUCAGAACCCCGAAUGUCCACUCGGAACUUGUCACUUCCCUGAGCCCUUCGCAUAAUAUCGCGGAUGCAUACCGUCGCUUCGGCAUCGGCCCCGACACGAAAGAUCUCCUCGUCGUCAAGAUCACCUUCCCCACCGAUGCUGUCCCUACCCCGCCCUCGCGCGAGCAAAUCCAGAAGCACCUAGACGAGAAUGUCGAGGGCACGCCCACUGACUUCUCCGACGAGGCCAUUGCGGAGGUUACGGAUUGGGGGAAGGUGAAGAAAUAUUACAAGCUCAACGGGUUGCCGUGGCUCGACGCCAUCAAGGAUCAAGAAGAGAGCAGGGGACAGAUGCAGGGGCUUGUGUUGGGGGCUAUGGCGCUGCGUGGUGUCUAGAUGCCGUGGGACUUUUUUUUUUCUUCGAGAACGGCCAGAAACUAAAAGAAAAAAGGAAAGAAAAGAAAAGAAAAGAAAAGGCAGAUGGUGCGGAAUCGUUGCAAAGUCCCGGCCCCAUGAUAGUAGACCGAUUUCUCGAGGUAAAGUAACAUCAAUUCGCUCUUGCUAGACGUUCUAUCCUCUAACCAUGCGCAGUUGGACUCGGCAUGGGUCGGUGUCACGUUCCCUAUCGCUCUCGCUUCUCCCCCAACGCCCAACAGACAAACAGACAGAAAAGAAAAGGGAU